UUUGUUUCAUGUUAAAAGCAAAGCUCACAGCCCCUUUCCCUAGCAUUACUGGUUUGUCCCCUGCCAGUAUCUGGUGGUGCAUGCCUGUGUUCUGUUUACACCUGUUUGACACUCCCCUAUCAAUGCUUCUACUCUCCAGCACACACAAACGGCCCAAUAGCUCCCAACGCUCAGCAGCCCGCAGCCAAAUACUGUGAGCCUUUCCGCUCAUUCAAUGCUGAUCAAGCACAGCAUACCUUCCUUCUUGGUUACAUUUUCAUGACGAGGGCACUUGUUCUCCUACUGUGGUUAUAGUGGAAUUCUGCACACGAUGAGUGCAUUUUCCAUGCAUUUGGUAGCACCUGGAUUACCUUGACUUCCUGUGUACAGCACAUGGGGCAUGACGUGCAUGCAAGCCCUCCGGUGGACCUUUCUCACAACGCUCUGAGACUUCACCAACACUCUCGCGUCACCACAGAAGCCAGAGAUAACAUGCCUCCCUCAUUCUAGCUGUCUUUUCACUGUUGGCUUGUCAUAUGAUGGCUACUUGGGCCAGGAAGGAAGGACGGAAGAACUCUGAUUCUGAACACGUCAAACACAUUCCCAUGCGGCAGUACUAUCACAUGGUACAGGAGGCAGAUGGAAAUUUCUUCGAGAGUUUCACAGCACUGUCAUGGAGACAAGAAAACCGAAGACUGAGAGCCAGCAGUGAGGAGGAUCUUGUAGAGGACAAGCCAUUGCCUGUGGAAAGUCAAGCUGUUGUCAAACCUGAUCGUCAGAAACUCACCAAGGAUGAGCUGGACACCCUGUACAAAGAGUUGAUGUACACCAUCCGACACAGGAUAGGCACCACCAGUGACGGACACUCUCCCUUCGAUGAAGACCUGUACAAUUAUGCCCAAGAGGUAUUCCACUUUACAGAAGACAGACACAGGGCCCUGCUGGACAGGGCUAAAGAACUAAAGGCCCCAAAAUGUGUGCUGAACGUAACAGUUGCAGAAGCAAAGGAUCUAGAAGCAAAGGAUGCAAAUGGGUACAGCGACCCCUAUUGCAUGUUGGGAAUUGUCCCACCAUCCUUCAGUCCCCCAUCCACUCCUGGAGGGAAGCCCAAGAACCGACUAAGCUUCAAGGACAGACAACGGAGGAAGAGCAGAGGCAAGGACAAGGUGACUCAAACAGAAGAUCUGAUAGCCAAGUCACCCAUUCUUGUGUCAGAGGUCAGAAGGAAGACACUUAACCCACAGUGGAACGAGAAAUUCAGAUUGUAA